AGAUGGCCGAUGUUGACAAUGAUGGGGAGAAAACAACAGACAAAGAUGAUUUGCAAGUGUUAAAGGAGCUGGUGGAUGAUCUGUACUCCUUUAGGGACCGUUACUUUGAGACACACAGUGUUGAAGAUGCUGGUAGGAAACAGAAUGAUGUUGCUCAUGAGAUGGCAAAGACACUUGAGAGGCUGGAAGAAAAGGAAGAUUUGUACAAACACAGUGCCCAGUUCCUGCUGCUACGGGGUCGGUGCCUGAACGCCGGUCCGGGAUUCAGUCAGUCUGCAGAGGAGUGUCUGUCCCGGGCUGUUAAACUGGAGCCGGGUUUGGUUGAGGGCUGGAACACACUGGGAGAGCAGUACUGGAAAAAAGGAGACCUGACGGCGGCCAAGACCUGCUUCACAGGUGCACUACAGCAGAGUAAAAACAAAGUGUCUCUGAGAAGCCUGUCUAUGGUGCUGCGACAGCUGCCACCAGAAGGCGACGCACAGGAGCAGAGCAAGCGCAUUGUGGAGAGCGUGGAGCUGGCCAGGCAGGCUGUGCAACUCGACGUCACCGAUGGGACUUCGUGGUAUAUUUUAGGGAACGCAUAUAUCUCCAUGUUUUUCACCAGUGGACAGAAGCCACAGCUCUCUCAACAGGCUCUCGGUGCCUAUGCACAGGCUGAGAAAAUCGACAAAGCAUCCUCAAUGAAUCCUGACCUCCACUUCAACAGAGCUACGUUGUUCCAGUAUGAGGAGAUGUUCAGUUCAGCUCUGGAUGGAUACAGUCGUGCUGCAGCCCUGGACCCUGGCUGGGAAGACGCUCAGGAGAGGGAAAAACAGCUGCUCAAAUACCUAGACCAGAUUACAAUGUUAUUAGAGAACAAGGGAAAAGUAAAGGCGCGGCGUCUUCGUAACAUGCUCUCGUCCCUCAGUACCUCCGCCCUGGGCCCGUGCUCUUCCCCUCAGUUCCGGUCUCCCUCGGGCCGCGUGGGAAGCCUUGAACCCCGCAUCUUAUCCGCCCUCACUCACGGCCACAACGGCGGGGUGGCAGCACUUGGAAAAGUUGUGUUCAGCCUGAUGUCAGAGGGCCGUAUGGCUUUCACAUUUGGCAUGGUGGACAGUGAUGAGACAUGUUGUCUAGUCAUGGUGUACAAUACAGCAGACAGCUGGGGUGUUUUAAUAGGAGAUACUGUAGUCAUUCCUGAACCACAGGUCAAACGGCACAGCGUAACACAUAAAGAUAAGUCAUAUGACUUCCGAAGUAUACGUGUGGACUCUCCCUUGCUCCUCAUAGUCAAUGGGAAAAAACAGGUGAUGAAAAGCCAAAGUGCAGCCUUUGUUACUUACAAACCACAGAGUGAAUGAAAACCCAGAGACAGGACGUACAGUGAGAACAUUGAGAGCAAUGAGGGGUAGUGUUUUUUCCAUUUGUAUAUAUUUUGUUCUGUUCCUGUUUGUGAGGACAGGAAAACUCUUUGUACAUAUUUUGUCAAAUCAUUUCCCUUUUUAAUUGUCCUCUUGUCUGUUGAUGGGCAUCAUUGUUUUAGAUUGUGUUGUGGUCUGUUUCAUAUUUGGGUUGUGAAAAUAACAAUAAAAAAAAACCCAGUAGUGCUCUUAA